GUGAGAGGGUGUUUAGAGAGAGAGGAGACUCAGACGAUGGGAUCCAGUGAGAGCAGGCAGGAGGAAAGCAGUAAAGAGAGAGAAUGUGUGGAGGAGCAGGAGGCCGAUCAGAGAGAAUCCACACCGGAGGAGAAGCGCUACGACCCGAACGAUCCGACUCUGACCAUCGUGGAUGAAGAAGAUCAACUUGACUUUGAGUUGGACAACUUUCAGUCUCCCAGAGCUCUGAUGUCUUGUGGUCACGCCGUCACCCCGACGUCUCUUACCAACUGGUGCCGCCGGCAGCUGGACCAGGGUGAGAGAUUCUUUGUUUGUGGGAUGCCUGGUUGUGAUGCUCGGUGGUCCUAUGAGGAGGUCUGUCGAAUGGCUCUUCUGACCCCUGAAGAAAUGGACUACUUUGAAAACAAAAUAUUCGAUAACGCCAAGGACUUCUUCGGCAUCAAAUCAUGUCCUGGCUGCCAAUCCACAGCGAUGAGGAGUGAUUUCACCAACCUCUGUGUUCAGUGCACGGUGUGCACCAAUGACCGUGGAAAGCCGUUCUUCUUCUGCUGGCAGUGCCUGAGAGAGUGGCGAGGCCCGUCGCCGCGUACAGACCGCUGUGACAACAAAGACUGCUUCAAUAAGUCCUUAAAGAUUCUGAUGAACUGUCCAGACAUGACCUUCCUAGACGUGAAGGGGGUCACCGGCUGCCCCUCCAUCCGGGCCUGUCCCUCCUGUGGCUUCCUGCUGGGACACAACAAAGCCUGGUGCAAAUUCUUGGCUUGUGCUCGAUGCAGGGAGGUUUUCUGCUUCGUGUGUCUGAAGAACAAAACAAUCUGCUGUGAGACAAGUAACCCUUAUAACCUUUGUUCCAGCGGCGUGGCCCCAAGACAGACCUCCAUACCCGCGUCGAAGUGGGAAAACUGCUAAGAUUACGUUCUGCUCUUGAUCUAGUGCACGGUAUUUAACCUGCUGUCAUGGUAACAUGACGGCACCUCUGGGAAGAAAACCAGAGAAACUUUCACAGAUCAGUCAGUAAAUCUGCUAGUUUGACAUCAAUGGGGCGCUUGUAAGAAGUCAUAUUUACCUUGUGUUAGGAGAGGAGAAAGGGUUAAUGUCUCCUGAAAGAGGGAAGACAUCACUGUGCAGACACAACCUCCGGUCAGGGCAGGAAACCGACCCCUGGUGCCCUUUGACCUGAGGGCAGAAGAGGAAGAUAAAACACGGCGAUCAUGUUUGGAUGUAGGACAGAGUGCUUUGUGAUAUCCUUAUACAUAUGCACACACACACACUCACACACACUUGAAGAAAACAUAUCUGGUUGACCGCUGUUGAAUUCGUGUCUGUGUAAACCUGAUGAAAAGCAACAGUAUCAGAGGAUUUAAUGUAAAGUGGUGCUACCUGAAUGCUGCCCCCUGCUGGACAGUCAUCCUGAUCCAGGCACCUGGAUCUGGAACCUGUUUGGUCCUGUGCACCUGUGUCUGUAACAGAGACCCUCCACCGAGGCACCAGGACCCCCGGACUGAGGCUGACAGCAGGAGAUAAACCAAAUUACAAAAAUAUUAGUUAGAAAAUGUAUUGAGUUCAUGAUUACUUUUUAACUGACUUCUUUAACUGAUUGACUGCAAUCAGGCCCUGGUUCCAUGGCAAAGUUUUCAAGUGAAAAUGCAAAACUCUCCUUCUUCAUGCGCACUGCAGCUGUCGUAAGAGAGGAUGGUAUGAUGCUGCCAGCAGGAUGGAGAUGUGGUCGGAGAGGCCAAGAUAUUGUUGAGGGGAGAGCUCUGUAUGCACUUUGAAUGUUGGUGUACACACAGUCCAGAGUGUUGCCUCCCCGUGUGGGGAUGGUGACGUGCUGGUAAAACCUGGGCAGGGUGUCCGUCCUCCGGUGCCCAGGUGGUACUCCAAAGGCGUGAAGCAGAGGACCCACAUGGUCACAGAGACCAACGGGGACGUCCACGUCAAGCUGUCCCACAACCCCGGCUGGGUGGAGUCAGACUUCUAUCAAGGAGAAAAGGGCAAAGUGGAGAGAGCCAAGGCAGAGGCGGCAGACAAGGCCACAUCCUGACACUGUCUUUCUUGACUGAAUAAAGAUGUUUGGUGCUUAUUGCUGAUAUAUUCUCAUUUCAUGCAUUCCAAGCAAUUGGGGAGGACGGGAAAUCUCUAAAACUGGUUUGUAGUGAGUGUUUGGCAUUUUUAAUAUGUUAACAGCAUAAUUACUAGUUUGUAGGUGGAUUUGAGACACGUUGCCAUGUUUCUGUUUGUUGAUUUGUACAUUUGCUUUCGAAAAGAAACUUUUCUCAACCCGAAGUUCAUUUUAUGAUUCUAUCAUGUCAAACUGGACGGUGUUAUCAAUAAAAUCAAUGAUACUUGAAAGACGAUACUGAUCCAGACGAUCCUAAAGUGAAUAACUGGUCUAAUGAAACCUGAAAAGAUAACAGGGCUCAAACGGGUGCGCCAUUUCACAAUGCAUUGUGGGUCGCGGUUGUCAUUUUUACAGGCAUCUGCUUUGGUUUACAUCGUGCAGGUACAGACGCUGUACUAUCAGAGACAC